UUCAUCAGAGAAAUUAUUUCACCGAGCCAAAUCGGACUCGAAGUUUACCGGCAAAAGCUCACUUUCCCAAGGUUAAAAUAAACACCAUGCUCCAAUUAGGUGCUCGUUGUCUUGGCUCUAACAUCAUGCUUCAGUGCAAGGCAAGAAGUGCAGUUCCAUUGAUCAAUUCCCUGAACGGACAUCAAAAAUGUCAAGUGUCAGUACAUCAAGCAAGACUGUUCAGUGUCACUUCAAACCUGAAUCUUGACUACAAAGAUCAAAUAAAGCAAUUAAAGAAAGCAGUUUCAUCCGGAACUGAACCUGUGAAACCCCUCAUCAGCUUUUUAAAGGCUGAGAUACCGAGUUAUAAAUCUGCACCUGAUGCUGCAAAAUACCUUGGACUUGGGGGCUUGGUUCCAUUUGUGCUCCCCCCUCUUCACUGCCUUUUUAUUCUUCAUAUGUAUGACCCCAAUAUUGCCUAUCUUCAAGCUCUCUAUGGUGGGUGCAUUCUAUCUUUCCUGGGAGGAGUCAGGUGGGGAUUUUCACUGCCGUCAAAUGGGCCAUUGAAGCCAGAUUUUAAUAAUUUGAGCAUAAGUGUAGCACCACCAUUAAUAGCUUGGGGAGGGUUAAUGCUUGGGUCCCCUGGACUCUCCAUCUUCGUCACCAUGUGCGGACUGAGUGGUGCUGCAUACUUGGACUCUAAGGUGAAGGCCUACCCCAAGUGGUAUCAUGGACUGCGAUAUUUACUGACUGUAGGGGCAGUGUCAUCUCUCUUCCUUACCUUGGUACUCAAAGCUCUCCUCAAAAGCAAAGAUCAAGAAUACCUGCCAGAGGGCGUGGCAGAAGCUAUCAGAAAGGCAAGACAGUCCUAAUUGACAGUGCUUAUUUUGAACACCAGAAUGCCAAAUACUAGAGCUUGUAUGUGUUUUACAGGUAUUUCAAAAGUACUAAAUAAUGCAUUGUGCUACAGAGAAUCAGCAUCAGUGCUUGUGUUAUAAAGUUGUGAAUAGUUAUCCUGUUCUUGUGCGUAGCAACUUCAGUUGUUUAUUUAAGAGGUUAGAGAAGGGGACAUUCUCAACAAAACUAUUGGUCUUAAGUAGAUUGAUCCAACUCUGCAGGGACUCUAAUUGAAUGCAAUCAAAUUAACAGACCAUCAUGUUUCCAAUGUUAUUAUAUAAUCACCAGCUUUUGCUUUCUUCUGCUCAAUGCCAGGAAGCAUGUUAAGCUGAUAGCAUUCAGGGAGAGUUGGAUUGACUACAUAGAACAAUAGUUUCCUUGGGAGUGAGCCUUUAUACAUGUACACCUUUGAUGAUUUGCAUUUUUCUACAUAUCAAUUCUUGAGCAAAUAAUCCAAGUUAUUACAGUACAAGUUUCUAUUUUGUAUUUGAUGUGUUGAGCAAACAUUCAGUGGGUUUGAUCUUAAUUUUGUAUCAAUUUCGACUUAAACUAGUUCAUGUUCUACAAGUUUAAGUGAUAUUUUUGAAAUUCCAGCUCAUUAUAAAUUCUGUACAUAUUUAUACCAGAGCUGAUACCAGUAAUAUUACAGGAAAUAUUAUAAGUUGAAUGUAUGCAGGAAGCUGUGGAUUUUUUUUUUUGGUUUUUUUUUUUUUUUUUGUUUUAUUAUGGCAACAUUGCAUGCAAUGAUGAAUUAAACUGAAUACCAAAAAAUUUUGUUUUUGUUAAUUUUUAAGCUGGUUUACUACACCACUUGAAGAUGCAUACCCCAGUAUUAAGUAUGUAGACAUGCCAAAUUAUUCUCACUAAACCCUUCCAAAUGCCACCAUAUAGAUUACUUCGUAUUGUAACUUAAGCAAAUCCAUUACAUUUCAUUAUUUUCUCUUAUUUCAUUUUCAUGAACUGGAGGGAUGGAUAAGUAGGCCAAGUUUAUGUCCAGAAAUUUGAAGUGCUAUGGGUACUCGU